UAUGCUUUUUGUUCCCAGCAGGGCCACUUCCUCCAAUGAGUGACAUGAGCAGACUGACUCGCUCACUCAGGGUGUGAAUGCAGCUCUCUCUCGCUCUCACACACAUACACGCAGAGGGAGAGCGCGGCAGAGACUCGGGGCUCCGAUCCACUGUUGGAUGUGACGUUGCCACGGAAACGCUGUACGUAAACGUAAAGUGCCCCCCCCUCCUCCAGCCCGAUAGACCUGAGUAAGGCGGAGGAGAGGAAGCACGUCCGCCAUGGAGCAGCAGAUGCAGCAGCACGCCAAGGUGGAACGGUUCCUCAAGCUGGGCUACUCGCACAUUGACAUCCUGAGGGUGCUGGAGAGCCUGCGCCACGACGCGCAGACCAACGAAAUUCUGGAGGAGCUGAUAAAGACCUGCCACACCCCCAGUGGCGACACGAGCCACCCGAACAGCCCCAAGCUGGUGUCCAGAGGCUGCAGCCCCGGUCUCGGUGCACCCAGACCGGACCGGGAGCUCGUCACUGACUUCAGACCAGUGGUUAUAGAUGGAAGCAACGUGGCCAUGAGCCAUGGCGACAAGAAGGUGUUUUCGUGCCAGGGCCUCAAUCUGGCAGUGAGCUGGUUCUGGGAUAAAGGGCUGCGGGACAUCACCGUGUUCGUCCCCCUGUGGAGGAAGGAGCAUCCGCGGCCCGAGGCGCCCAUCACAGAUCAACAUGUUCUCCACGAGCUGGAGAGGAGGAAAAUCCUGGUGUACACGCCAUCUCGCUGUGUGAACGGCAAGAGGGUGGUGUGCUACGAUGACCGCUACAUCGUGAAGCUGGCCUUCGACUCUGACGGCAUCGUUGUGUCCAACGACAACUACCGCGACCUGCAGACCGAGAACCCACAGUGGAAGAAGUUCAUCGAGGAGAGGCUGCUGAUGUACACCUUCGCUAAUAACAAGUUUAUGCCUCCAGACGACCCUCUGGGUAGAAAUGGACCCGGCAUUGAUGACUUUCUCCGGAAGAAGUUGUGGACCCCAGACAACAAGCUGCAGCACUGUCCUUACGGAAAGAAGUGUACUUAUGGAGUCAAGUGCAAGUUCUACCACCCGGAGCGGGCCAACCAAUCGCACAUGUCUGUGGCCGACGAGCUGAGGGCGCUGAGAGACCGGGCCAAGAACUUCUCACCGAGCCGACCCGCCGCGUACCAGCUGUUGCACAGGUACACUUCCUCCACCCCUCCUCCGCCUCUGAGCGUCGAGGAUCAAACCCACAGGGCUUCGCCCAUUGAGCAGUUUGUCUGCCCAAGCCCUGAAGCAGACGAGGCCUUCGGGUCCAUGGAGGGCUCCAUGUCCAGACUCUACAUCCAGGACGAUACCUACAGUCCCUCGCACAGCUACAGCAGCGGAGUGGCAAGCUACAGCCUCAGCCACGACGAGUACUCCCUCUCGGGGUCCUUCGGUGGGAGCACCCAGACGCCCUGCCUAGGCAGGGAAGGUUAUUACCUUCCCCAAAACGGGUCGUUGCCCUGCCAACGCCCUGCGUGCAGCCAGUGCCGGUGCUGCCUCCGGGAGAUGAGUGCGCGCCACUACCCGCACCACCCGGCGUGGGGCUCCUGCCCCACUCUGCCUCCACACAACGGGGAGCGUCCCGGCCGUUUCUCAGAGCAAUUCAUGAGAGAGCCCUCCUACGGACAGAGCCACAGCCUGCCGAGGGACCCGUGGGUGCAGGGCAGAGCCAAGAGCCCGUGCAGCGAGCAGAGGAAAGGCCUGAGGAGCCAGCUGAGCAACCUCUUCCCAGAGAGCACAGUGGAGCAAGUGAUGAACGCUUACCCACACAUCUCAGACAUGGGGGAACUGAUUGUUCUCAUCCAGAGCUAUAGGACCAGCCACAUCUCCUUCUAGAUUAGAAAGUUACUUUUUUUAUUAUACAUUUUUGACUCAAACUGAGCCCACGCUAAAGUUCUGAAAGAAGCACCACUCGCGCAAAGUCCCUCUUAUUUUGAGCAUUAAAAAUGAAUCAAUCCUUGAAAGCCUUGAAAAUGUAGCAGACCGCUAUUUCUUUAAUAUAAAAGUGCAAUGCACUACACACCAUACGUGCUGCUUAUUGUAGCAGUGAAAAUCAUUUAUUAAAGCAGCAUGUGUUGUUUUCUCAUGUUGCCUCAAAAUGAGGAAUUUUACUAGACUAUUCUGUGAAAAAGUGCCUUGAACUCUUUUUCAUAGGAAAUUUGGUGUUUAUGAUUUUCCUGUGAAAUAAAACCAUUCAUCACUUU